AUGCGAACAGUCUUGUUCGUCGACCUGCUGUUGGCCGCCGCCGUGUCCCACAACACCUCUGUGAGAGGCUUUGGACCCAUCCGACACUUUGUCCAUGCAGCCACUGCCAUCGGACGUGACGAGGAUGUAUCUCACAAGAUCCGCAUACUGAACUGGAACAUCCUGGCCCCCUCGUGGGACAACAAUGUGGGGAAGAAGGACAAAUCUGCGCAAUGGCCGUUUCGACUGCCAAAGCUCAUGCACGAGAUGCGCCUGCGCAAACCCGAUAUCAUUGUCUUGCAGGAGGUGGAGGUGAUCCUGUGGGAGGAGCAGAUCAAGCCCUUCCUGAAAUCUCAUGGCUUUCAGUCUGCCUAC